GAGGAUCUUAAUUCACGUACGUACACAGGAAUGAAACACGCGCAGGAGUCUCGCUUAGGCACCUGACACAUCACCCAUCCGACCGAUGAAUCAGUCCACCAACACGUCCGUCAAUCCACCAGGCCUCAUCGGAUAUACCACACACAUGAAUGAAUGAAUGACACACUCACACACACAAAGGAUGGCCAUCACAGACAGUGCGUGCACCCAUCUAGCUAGCCAGGCGGCCAGGCAGGCAGGCAGGCGUCAUGCUACCAGUAAAACUGCAUCCUCCGGCGAGACAUACACAACAACAUGGCUAUCUCUCGCCCCCCCUCUGUCUGUCUGUCUGUCUGUCUGUCGAAUAUCUGUCUGUCCGUUGGGUUAUGUGUCCUCCUCGCCCCGGCCGUUGGCCUCCACACACUCGCCUACAGCCGUGGGUCGGUGUGAGAGGGGCGACGUGUCGGUGAGGCCGCUGGUGGUGCUGCUCACCGAGGACGGCGCGUCGUCCUUUCCGUCCUUGCCGGCCCCUCCCCUGGCCGAUGGGGGCUGGGGCUGGCUGCUUUUGACGGCGUUGAACUUGGCUGCUGUGUACAUGACCGCUCCGAAGGUUGACACAAGUAUACCUGAUAUAUAUAUCGACCAGACAGACAGACAGACAGACAGACCAGACAGGGAGGGAUGCGAGGCGUGGCGUCUGUGUGUGCAGCCAUGAUCUUGUGUUGGGAGGGAGGGAGGGAGGGAGAGGGAGAGAGAGAGAGAGAGGGCCCAUUGACGUACCCGUCACAAAAGUCAAUGUGAGAGCCACAUCGGGGAAUAUCAGGAUGCCCAAUACGUCGCAUAUGUUGUUCUUGAAAUUCCUGCACACAACAAACCACACACAUGCAGCAUCCAUGUCUCCCUCCCUCCCUCCCUCCCUCCCUCCCGCCCCCUCUCUCUCUCCGCCCGCUACAUCACCGCUUACGCGCACACGGCGACCGAUAGGGCCGAAGUGUGGUUUGUCGCCAGGAAAUGGCAGUAGUUCAGGGCGCUGGCCAGCACGCUGCUGAGGACGAAUAUGAUGAUGAAGGAUGGCGUCCAGAGGUUGGGAUAAUUGACGACGAGAGCCAUCUCGUUCAUAACGGCCACCCACACCAUGAGGUACACGCUCAUCCCGAAGGACUGGUAGAGCAGCAGGCUCCACUCAUUGUCGCUCUCGAACGCCCCCGCCUGACGCUGGAAGGCGCUCUUGGACACCACACCGUACCAACCGCCGCUCGAUAUGCCACCUACACACAUACCCAUAUGGCCAGCUAUGUGUGUGUGUUUGUGUGUGUGCAAAGGGCCAGGAAGGAAGCGGAUCUGACCUAAUGCGAGAAGUAGGCCUGGGAGAGAGAAGUAGAGGUCGCCCCAUGCGGCCAUGAAGGCGCCGAAUCCCAUGACGAAGGCCGAUAUGACCACCGCCACGGUGGGGAUCUUGCGGAACAUGAGGUACUCAGCAACGAUGGUCGGCACGCACCCCAACCGCACUAUGGCCGAAUUCAUCGGCACGUUCAAGUACCUGACAAGACAACCACACACAGUGUGAUGCAGCCAGCAUUGAAGAAAGAGAGGCCCCCGGCCAUGCCCUGCCCCUCCUCUGUCUGUGUAAUCAAUCAAUCGCACUCACUUAAGGGCCGACAGUCCCAAGAAGAUCCUGAGGAAACUCCACAAUGACAUGCCCAUGAGCUGCCCCUGCCGCGCCCACGACAAGUUGGGCAGCUCGACGGCCUUCCCCGCCCCUAGCACCUUGACCACCGCCACGGUGAAGAGCUGCUGGGCCAGCAGCAGCACACCCACCGCCUUGAAGUGCGCCGUCGACAGGAUGGCUUUGUUGAACAGCACCAAAGAUAUCGACGUCGCCAUGUAGGCGAAACACGAGAAUAGCGCCAUCGGUAGGUCGCGGAACUCGCCAUGGUGGUCGGCGUGGGGCUGUUUGCCGUGGUGCUGGUCGUCUGCAGAAGGCAUCUUGCCAUCAUUCUCCUUUUGCUGCAUUCAAAAUGACCAACAAUUGGUGACAUACAUAGCCAUUGCAAAGACCGCAUUCUCUCGCCUCACCGUGGGGUAUUGGACGUCAAUGCGUUUCUCGAGUAAGGGGGAGGCCUCGCCAGACGUCUGCUGCGACUCGUUGGCCACCGUGCUCUCGCGAGUGCUCUCGCGAGAACUGAACGGCGCCCUCGCCCCGGCCCGCAGCAAAAACAGCGACGCACCGGUGCUCAUGGGCGGCCAAUAGACGUUGUUCUAAUGGGAUAUCAGGGCUCCGGACCCUCCGUUGUUGCCGAAUGCGGGUCGGCUUAUCGAUGUUAGUAGAGAAGGUCCUGGAGGAGCGAGGGGGGGUGAGAGGGGGGUGCAGAGGGCCGCCGGCGUCGCUGCUUCUUGCAAAAAGAGCGGCGGAUAGCGUUGAGGCCUUCAAAAUGGUCAAUUGCCGGCUCGCAUGCGGCGAGGAUCUGUGGGCGAGGAUCGCAGCUGCCCCCAGCCUCACGACCUCAAGCAGAUCUCCCCGUACGUUCAUUGGAGGAGGAUAUCCUUUCAGUGCUGGGCGGCUACACACAUCCGUCCACCCACUGUUCCUACACAUCCUCCUCUCUUCUGUCUGUCUGUCGUCUACGGCAGUCCCAUCUAUCCAUCCCAUAUGUAUAUAGAUCCACACAUGCAACUCUCUCCCACGCAUGCACCUCCGCAGCACACACAGCGCAGCACAGCACAGCACUCCAUGAGAUGCAAGGGACGGGCUCUCUUGUCUGUUUGUUGCUGUCUGCUCUUCCAGCUGUGGUCAAAAGCUCAAAAGCACUGACUGCACUGUCGUCGAGUUGGGUUCGGCACAUGCAUGGUGGUCGGGUGUGUGGCGCUCGUCUGCCGUCGUCCCGUGACGGCGAGGGAACCCACCUGGUUGAUGUGGGUCUUCCUACCGUCACGAUACGCGCGGACAACGAUCACCAGGCCCCCGACCAUCGUUCAAAACCAACACAACACAGCCGUCACGCGCCGUCGACCGAGAGAAUGUCAGUCAUCAGGUGUGGUGUGGUGUGCGCUCAUGGUGCGUGCAGAGAGAUUAGGUCUGUCUGUCUGUCUGGCCAUGGCCCGUCUGCUAACGUCACACAUGGCAUGGAUGCGCCACACGCACAGAAACGUCCCUGCACCAGUGCCGCAUCUACACAAGUAGUGGUCCAUGCGUCACUCGUGUAGGGGCACAUGAGUGCGUCCGUGCCAUCCAUCCAUCAUCGAUACUGCGUGGUGUGUGUGCCGACAGACAGACAGACAGACAAACAGGUGGACUGACAUCGGAAUGUGAUGUGCACAUGAAGGUCGAUAGCGAACGAGGGGAGAGAGGCAAGCCAAGGGGGUGGGGUGGGGGCGGUCGGGUCGCUCAUAGCACAGCACAGCACAGCACACGGACAGCGGACAGAAGGACGAAGGAAGGUCAUAGGUACAUCAGUAAUGUCGUCGGUGUGGCAGGCAGGCAGGCAUUGGUCCUAUGCUCAGAGGGAGUGGGUCUGUGUUCAAUGAAAUGGUGUGCGAAGUCUCUCUCUCUCUCUCUCUCGGGUGGCGUGCAAGUAUGCAGUCAAUAUACAUAUACGUUAUUUGCAACGUAUCUAUCUGUCUG